AUGGCGUUGUACUAUGAUACAGCUGCAGUCUUGUCCUCUGCACAAGGACAAGGUUCGCUGAAAUCCAGCAUAUAUGGCGAUGCAGCAAAGAAGUCGAGACCAACACAAAUUUAUGCUCUGAUCUCACAGACUGCGAAACGCGAUGUGCUGCUAAAGGAGGUCAUUGAAAAUGCUGAGCUGCUCAAACAUGAACCGAGGUUAACCCCAUUACUUGCCCUUCUCCUCUGCCACGACCACUUCUUCGUGAAGUCAGGAAUAGCCGCACCAUUGAAGCACCCACUACGACAAGCCAUCGAGAGAAACAAAAGUCGACUCUUGUCAGAACUUGCACGAGCACGAUUAAAGAGAAAAUGCGCCUCUUUGGACGCUCUCAAACUGCAGCUGGAUGCAGAUCACAGACGACAGACGAGGCCUCAUCCUCGAUGGAUGAGGACGAAUAUUCUGAGAUUUGAGGAUGGUUACCAGCCUCGCCAGAUGUUCCCCAAGUGGAAUCAACAGAACAGUUUGGACCAAGUUCUGGAGGCCACAGAGCUCUCGUAUUGUCACGACAAUCACGUUCCACACCUCUUCGCUUUCUCGCCGAAUAUUGAGUUAGUCAAAGCAGAAGCUUACACUCGAGGCCAGUACAUAUUGCAGGACAAAGCAUCGUGCUUUCCAGCUUAUCUACUGCUUGGUGGGCAGUCGAAAGAGGAUAUUGGGGAUGUACUUGAUGGAUGUGCGGCACCCGGUAACAAGACAACUCACAUAACUGCUAUCCUUCAAGAGCUUGGUUCGGACGGCAAGGUAUUCGCUUGUGAACGCGACGUUGCGCGAUCGAAGACACUCAUUUCCAUGGUUUCGAAAGCUGGAGCCGCUAACCGAGUUCAAGUACUGGCGAAGCAAGACUUCUUCGCUCUCGAUCCGACAGACCCUCGUUUCCAAGAAGUGACCCAUCUACUGCUAGACCCUAGCUGCUCGGGAAGUGGCAUCCUCAACAGAGAGGACAUACCACAGCUAGCAUUACCGAACGAUCCACAUGCAGCGACCAAAAGCAGCAAGAACGACACAGUAGACCAAAUGGUGGGAUCUAAAAAGCGCAAGCGGGCAGAUGACGUUGCAAGGAGCCCAGAGCCAAUUCCAGCACCAAUGGAAGAAGAAAAUCCCGUUCAAGCCACAACCGAACGCUUACAGAAGUUGUCGAAUCUGCAAACACGAAUCGUUGAGCAUGCCAUGGCGUUUCCUGCCGCAACUAGAAUUACGUAUUCCACGUGCUCGAUUCACGAGCAAGAGAACGAAGUAGUUGUCUCACGAUUACUGGCGUCGCGUGUUGCCCAGGAUCGAGGCUGGAGAUUGUUACCUCGAGCGCAGCAAGUACAGGGUAUGAAGGAUUGGAAGCACAGAGGCUGUAACAGCGGUAGUGAUAGCGAGAACACAUUGACAGGAGAUGACCUGGACUCGUGUAUACGUUGUCUUCCCGAUGACAGUGAGCGCACCAUGGGUUUCUUUGUCUGUGCCUUCGUGAGAGACGACAACGUCCAGCAUCAAGAGCGAGAUGCCUCCCCGUUAGCUGCUCGCAACGGUCUACGGAAUGAUGACGAAGACAACGACGAAGCUUGGGAGGGUUUUGAGUAG